AUGGAGGACCCCAAGAUCAAGGAACUCCUCACCAAGUCGCGGAACGAGCUCACUGAGUACGAGAUCGCGCAGCUCGAGGAGCACGAGUUCUCCGCGGGGCCCCUCUCCAUCCUCCAGACCGCCGUGCGCGACCGCAUCCAGGUCCUCAUCUCCAUCCGCAACAACCGCAAGCUGCUCGCCCGCGUCAAGGCCUUUGACCGCCACUGCAACAUGAUCCUCGAGAACGUCAAGGAGAUGUGGACCGAGACAUCCAAGACAGACGGCGGCCUGACCAAGUCGGUCAACAAGGACCGGUUCAUCAGCAAGAUGUGA